AUGGCUCCCAAGUCGUGGGCUGAAGCGGUGGGCAUUGACAAGACUCAGCCGUUACUGGAAGGAAGUGGACAGGCGACGUCAUGGCCUAUUGCAGCUGCUGGUGAUGGAAACGCAGCAGCUGCAAAGAUAGUGAGGGAUCCAACGAAGCCGGUUAUAUUUAGGGACGUGAUUCAGGAGGCACAUAGUUGUUUGGACGUGUCGGCACCAGCUGAAGAAAUAAAAAAAAGAGGGGGCUGGUAA